CCUAUAAAAAGGAAAAAACAACAGUCUCCACCACACCACUCUUUAACCGUCCCUUGAAGCCUCUCAAUUUCUUUUUAAAAAAAUAUCUCCGGCGCAUCUCCGCCGCAACAACAACCAUAAACGAUGGAAUCUCCAUCCUCAAAAUCAUCGGAGAAACCAACAGGGACAGUUCUUCUCGGGAAAUACGAACUCGGUCGUCGACUCGGAAGCGGAAGCUUCGCUAAAGUCCAUGUAGCUCGUUCGAUCUCCACCGGCGAACUCGUAGCUAUCAAAAUCAUCGACAAGAAAAGAACCAUCGACGCAGCUAUGGAGCCGAGGAUCAUCCGAGAGAUCGAAGCGAUGCGUCGUCUCCAAAACCACCCGAACGUCCUCAAAAUCCACGAGGUCAUGGCCACUAAAUCCAAGAUCUACCUCGUCGUCGAAUACGCCGCCGGAGGCGAGCUCUUCACCAACCUCGUCCGAUUCGGUCGGCUGAACGAAUCGGCGGCGCGUCGUUACUUCCAGCAGCUUGCCUCCGCGCUUAGCUUCUGCCACCGCGACGGGAUCGCUCAUCGCGACGUGAAGCCGCAGAAUCUCCUCUUGGACAAGAACGGGAACCUCAAGGUAUGCGACUUCGGUUUAUCCGCUUUGCCGGAGCACCGUAGCUGUAACGGGUUGCUUCACACAGCUUGUGGAACCCCAGCUUACACAGCGCCGGAAGUGAUUGCUCAGAGAGGUUACGACGGUGCUAAAGCUGAUGCGUGGUCGUGUGGUGUGUUUCUCUUUGUUCUUCUUGCAGGUUAUGUUCCUUUUGAUGAUUCCAACAUUGUUGCGAUGUACCGGAAGAUUCAUAAAAGAGAGUACCGGUUCCCGAGCUGGAUCUCUAAACCGGCUCGGUCUAUCAUCUAUAAAUUGCUUGAUCCGAAUCCGGAGACGAGGAUGAGUAUCGAAGCUGUGACUGAAACGGCUUGGUUUCAAAAGUCUCUUGAGGUUCAGUCUAACGUGAUUGAGUUGGAUCGGUUUCUUGAGAAAGAGGCGAAGUCGAGCGAUGCGGUUACGGCCUUUGAUUUGAUCUCGUUGUCAUCGGGAUUGGAUCUUUCGGGGUUGUUCGAGAGGAGGAAGAGGAAGGAGAAGAGGUUUACUGCGAAAGUGUCAGCGGAAGGAGUGGUGGAGAAGGCAGAGAUGAUAGGCGAAAAGUUAGGGUUUAGAGUUGAGAAGAAGGACGAGGCUAAGGUGGUUGGAUUGGGAAAAGGAAGAACUGCUGUGGUGGUUGAGGUGGUGGAGCUGGCGGAGGGGUUGGUUAUUGCGGAGGUGAAGGUGGCUGAAGGUGAAGAGGAGGAGGAGGAGUCUCAUUGGUCGGAGCUAAUUGUAGAGCUUGAGGAGAUUGUGCACUCAUGGCACAACUGACGUCAUCUUAGCUCGAGUUGGUUAUCUUUUAGCUUUUCAUUUGUGUAGAAAUAUCAGAAUCUCAAAGAUGGCUUUAGCUUUGCUUUCAAGGUUCAGUUAUAUAUAUAAUAUUAUGAAGAUUAGUGGAUUCACUUUUUUAUUUAUGUCACUUGAGUUUGAGUAUCACUCUUCUUA